UCUCCCUCGUGCGCCAAAGACUGACAAAGACUUCAAAAAGAUAGAGAAAGAUCAAAACUUUUCAAUGGCCGCAGGAGGAGGAGGAGGAGGAUCAUCGUCGGCGGGAAGAACUCCGACGUGGAAGGAAAGGGAGAACAAUAAGAAAAGAGAGAGGAGAAGAAGAGCCAUCACGGCCAAGAUUUACUCUGGUCUCAGAGCUCAAGGUAACUACAAGCUUCCUAAACACUGCGACAACAACGAAGUCCUUAAAGCUCUCUGUCUCGAAGCUGGUUGGAUCGUUGAAGACGACGGCACCACUUAUCGCAAGGGUUUUAAGCCACCGGAAUUAUCAGGAACUCCGACGAACUUCAGCACGAACUCAUCAAUCCAACCAAGUCCACAAUCCUCUGCUUUCCCAAGCCCAGCACCUUCUUACCACGGAAGCCCUGUCUCAUCUUCUUUCCCAAGCCCGUCUCGUUACGACAGCAACUCAUCCUCGUACCUUCUCCUCCCUUUCCUACACAACAUCGCUUCUUCAAUUCCAGCAAACCUUCCUAGCCUCAGAAUCUCCAACAGCGCUCCCGUAACUCCUCCCUUAUCCUCUCCCACCUCUCGUGGUUCGAAGCGGAGACUCAUCACAGAACAGUUACCAAACGGCGGAGGGUCUUUGUUAAGACAUCCGCUUUUCGCUAUCUCAGCUCCCUCUAGUCCUACACGCCGUGGUGGUCACCAGACACCGCCUACGAUACCUGAAUGUGAUGAGUCUGAGGAGGAUUCUAUUGAGGAUUCAGGAAGGUGGAUUAGUUUUCAAUCCACGGCUCCUCCUUCACCAACGUUUAACCUUGUUCAGCAGAGUUCUAUGGAGAUUGACAUUAAAAGACCAGAGUGGGGGAUGGCGGGAAUGAAUGUGAGGGGUUCAGAGUUUGAGUUCGAGAAUGGUACUCAUGUGAAGCCAUGGGAAGGUGAAAUGAUUCAUGAAGUUGGCGUAGAAGAUCUUGAGCUCACUCUCGGUGGGGCUAAAACAAGAUGCUAAAGAACAUUUGAUCAUAACAGAGCAUUGUACAGGAGCUCGUGUGGCCCAAAGCCAAAAGGGUCGAACCAUUUUAUAUACCGUUUAUACUUCAAUGAAAUUUCUUCUAUGGUGAUAAUGUUAUUGGAGGUAUAAUGUGUUGUGUUUAGUCACAUGAUUAAGAAAAGGUUUUUGGAGUUAAUGUUAUUGUUUUCUUUUUAUGAAAUAUAACUGUGAUUAGUUAUAGAGUUGUGUUGAGUUGUGGACCUUGUGGAUGUGUUUGAAUAAAACGAAACCUCCACGAGCGGAUGAUAAUGGACCCCUACCAUGUGCUCUCUCUCGGUCUGUUUUGCUGGGACCUAAUAAAACAACUACCUCUCUCAACCAAUUUGUACUUUAUUUUAUAAUUGUAGUAUACUAUGUAAUUAUUGUUCUCGC